AGUCGAAGUGAAUGGCACUCAUUUGCGGCCGCCUCUAUCGUUGGUUACUUUGUGUUUGGUGACAGUAAUGGUGUUAAUAUGCAGGUGAACUUGUACCUGUUAUCGCGCAUAAUGAUUGGUUUAGCAAGGCUGAGUGUCGAAAAGAAGUUCAUUCCGGAACCAUCAUAUCGCAUUUUCCCGUGGUUCGCUGCCAUCCUUUGGGGUUUUGUCUCAUGGCUUUCCGAGUAUCAUCAAAACGUUCUACAAGGCUCUUUACGAUCUUCUAUGAAUUAUCUGAUUCGUGAUAGUGACAACUGGACUAAUUUCUAUGAUUUUCUUAUUUGCUCAGAUAAAUAA